GAAAAUAAAUGCAUUCAACUAACUUCUCAUCAAUGAAUUGAAGUCUUCGUCACACUCUCUAAAAUGACUAGCUCAUUAACCUCAAAACACAUAAUAUAGUAUACUAUAUAAUUAGACAAUUGUUUGAAACUUUUCUUCAAGCUACUCAAUUUUCCACUAGUAUACUAUACAUUUUUUUUCUUCCCCCUUAGCUUCUUUUUGUUUGAUGAAAUGGGUGCUGGGGAAGUAAAGAGGAGAUGGAUAGUGGUGUAUGUAGUGGUAGUUUUAGGAUUGAAUUUGGGGGUAAAUGUAAAUGCACAACAAGUGCCUUGUUAUUUUAUAUUUGGUGAUUCAUUAGUGGAUAAUGGGAAUAACAACAAUAUUCAGUCAUUGGCUAGGGCUAAUUACUUGCCUUAUGGUAUUGAUUAUCCUGAUGGUCCAACUGGAAGGUUUUCCAAUGGAAAAACAACUGUUGAUGUCAUUGCUGAGCUUUUGGGGUUCGAUGAUUAUAUUCCACCCUAUGCAUCUGCAAGGGGUGAAGACAUUCUCAAAGGUGUUAAUUUUGCAUCUGCUGCUGCUGGAAUUAGAGAAGAAACUGGUCAACAAUUGGGAGCAAGGAUUACGUUUGGUGGUCAGGUAAAUAAUUACAGGAACACAGUGCAACAAGUGGUGCAAAUACUUGGAGAUGAAAAUUCUGCUGCUAAUUAUUUGAGCAAAUGCAUUUACUCAAUUGGAUUAGGCAGCAAUGAUUAUCUCAAUAAUUAUUUCAUGCCUCAAUAUUACUCCACUAGCAGACAAUUUAAUCCUGAUCAAUAUGCUGAUGUUCUAAUUCAACAAUACUCUCAACAACUAAAGACUUUGUAUGACUAUGGAGCAAGGAAGUUUGUCUUAAUUGGAGUGGGCCAAAUUGGUUGUAGCCCAAAUGCUCUAGCCCAAAACAGUCCUGAUGGAAGAACCUGUGCAGAAAAUAUAAAUAAUGCAAACAAGUUGUUCAACAAUAGGCUAAAGGGUAUUGUGGAUGAAUUCAAUGGCAAUACACCAGAUGCAAAAUUCAUCUACAUCAAUGCUUAUGAUAUCUUCCAAGAUUUAAUUGACAAUCCCUCAGCAUUUGGAUUUAGAGUAACGAAUGCUGGAUGUUGUGGAGUAGGAAGGAAUAACGGGCAAAUAACAUGUCUUCCACUACAAAAUCCUUGCCAAAAUAGAGAUGAAUAUGUAUUUUGGGAUGCAUUUCAUCCAGGUGAAGCUGCAAAUAUAGUUGUUGGGAGAAGAUCAUAUAGAGCUGAAAGAUCAUCAGAUGCUUAUCCUUUUGAUAUUCAGCGUUUAGCUCAACUAUGAAGAUAAGAGAUGAAGCUAAAAAUAUAUAUAUUUUUGUGGAAUUUGUAUUAUUGUGUUCUAUGAUGUAUUAUGAGUUGAUAAUAAUUAAUUUUAUUAUUUGAGAAAUGUUAUGGUUACUAUGA